CAGCUCCCCCUUUCGGCCGUCCUCUCCGGGCCCCAGUCUCCUCCCCAUCCAUGCGCCUUUCAAAAUGGCUGGGAUCCCUUUGUAUUUUGUGGAUUUGCAGGAUGACUUAGAUGAUUUUGGGUUUGAAGACUAUGGACCAGAUUGUGAGAGCAUGAGGAUAACUGCAUUCCUGGACAUUCCAGGGCAGGAUAACUUGACUCCACUUGGACGUUUAGAAAAAUAUGCUUUUAGUGAUAAUAUAUUUAACAGGCAAAUAAUUGCCAGGGGUCUACUUGAUAUCUUUCGAGAUUUCAAUCAUAAUGAAGAAGACUUCUUGACAGUUAUGGCAAUAGUGGUACGGCUAUCUGAAGAUACAGAACCUACUGUACGGACAGAACUAAUGGAACAGAUACCACCCAUUGCCAUUUUUCUACAGGAGAGUAGGCCAAACUUCCCUGCAGCAUUUUCUGAAUACCUUAUGCCUAUAGUGGUGAGAUACCUCACAGAUCCAAAUAAUCAGGUUAGAAAAGCAAGCCAGGAUUCACUGCUAAUAUUACUGGAUCAACAUCUUAUUGCUCAACAUGAUAUUGAAAAUAAAGUGUGUCCAAUUCUCUUGGAGCUUUCUGCUUCGGAUAGUGAUGAUGAAUACAAGGUGGAGGCAGUCAGU